AUGUGGGCCAAUUGGUCAACUGUGUUAAUGGGCCUAGGAUUUUGCAGAUUUACACUAGAAGAAAGAACAGAUCACAUGGAGAAGAAAGUGGGGAGAAGCAUAAGUUAUGGGAAUUGGGGGGAGGGGUCUGAUACAGCGAAAGAGACUGGAGGGGAAGGGGGAGAGUGGAGGAAGCCAGGUGUAGAAUUUGACCAUUGUGGCUUAGGCUCCUUAGCACUUGAGGUUAUCAAUCUUGAGCAGAAAGUUCAGCUGGUUCAUGAGCUAGAUGGAAAUGUCAUGCGAUGUGUCCGUGACCAAAACGGGAAUCAUGUAAUACAGAAAUGCAUUGAAUCUAUUCCGACUAAGAACAUUGAUUUUAUAAUAUCUGCCUUUCGUGGUCAAGUCUCUAUUCUAUCUAUGCAUCCUUAUGGUUGCCGAGUCAUUCAGGUAAGAGUUCUAGAGCAUUGUUCAGACGAGGUUCAAUGUCAGUUCAUUGUGGAUGAAAUAUUGGAGUCAGUUUUUACUCUUGCUCAGGACCAGUAUGGUAAUUAUGUUGCUCAGCAUGUGUUGGAGAGAGGAAAGUCUCAGGAAAGGAGCCAAAUUAUUAGCAAGCUGUCAGGACAUAUUGUCCAAUUAAGCCAGCAUAAAUUUGCAUCAAAUGUUGUUGAGAAAUGCUUGGAGUUUGGUGAUUUCACUGAGCGACAGCUUUUAAUUGCAGAGAUUGUUGGACAUGACAAACAACAUGAUAAUUUGUUGACAAUGAUGAAAGACCAAUUUGCAAAUUAUGUGAUCCAGAAGGUUCUUGAGAUCUGUUCUGAAAAUCAAAGAGCAAUGUUACUUUCUCGCAUAAGACUUCAUGCUCAUGCUUUGAAGAAAUACACUUAUGGAAAACACAUUGUGGCUCGGUUUGAACAGCUACUUGGGGAAGGUGUGUACACCUAG